AUGACUGUAUCGUCUUUGGGGGGAACGUUGGAAUUUGACUUACUGUUAGGAGUAUUCUGGAAGCGACAUAGUCGUUGUCGGACCAUGGUAUUGCCGGAACGGCGUCAGCAUCCAAUACGGCGACGAAGUCUCCUUCGAGCAACGCAUUUCCUGUGUCAUCCCUUCCGGAUUAUAUUCACUGCUCUCUGGUGUUUUUACGUCUUUUACUGCUUCCGUUAUGGCGAUGUCAGCAACGGUAACGGCGCCUACGCCCCUCCAAUUCACGAGAAUCAAGGCGGGAACCAUACCGGAGCAAGCAAUCCACACUAUUCCAGUACUGUCAUCGACGGUAAACGGAAUGAUUUCGUCUCACCGCAGUAUGAUAGAUCCGUCGAGACGGUGGCCUUCAACACCACACAACAGUACAUUAAGUACAACAAACGUGGUCGAGCCGUGGUCAAGGCCAUUACGCGGGUGCGCCUGGAAGAUCUUACCGAUUUGCCGGAAUCGCUCUUGGCGAAAGCGAAUGCGACCAGUCCCGCUCUCCCAGAUCCCAAUCGCGCGGACAAGGAACCGAUUCUGCGCAUGCUCCGCCAAGCCGGAAUCACCGACGUGGAUCCCCGCGUGAUAACGCUCUUGCCCUCGUGGCGGGACGUGACGGACUUGUACGGCGAUGACGUCCCCAUUGUUGGUCUGGAUGAGGCGUCUUGUCGGUGGUUCCGUGACACUGUCCCCCUCCGUGACGCAUACCUCGGCGCCGCCGGACUCUUCAACACGGGAACCAACGCGUUGACGUACUACCUCCGCGCGAACCUUCUCCUACCCUUCCGGGGCGAGGCACCGAUUCAUCGGGACGGGAAGGAUUCCAAUCGACAAGGAAUUCUGACGCAAGUGCCCUGGGACAAACACUGGUUUGCUCGACUGCGGAAUCAUCAUACGGUGGAUCUGUACGCCAAUGUGACGAAAGCACACGUUUUGCCGAUUGUCAUGAUUCGGGACCCGCUCUCCUGGAGUCAGUCCAUGUGUCAGCAACCGUAUCUGGUCCGCUGGCGAGGUCGGACGGUACACUGUCCCGAUUGGCGAGAACCCGUGCUCAUUCCACACAUGACUGGUGGACACCAUUGGGACAGUCUCUGGCAUCUCUGGAACGACUGGUACCGGGAUUAUUGGCAACACGAAAAUCCCCGACUCAUCGUUCGGUUCGAAGACUUGUUGUGGCGACCACAGCAAGUCCUACGGGCAAUUCAAUCUUGUGUGGGGGCGACGUGGACUACUCCCGGUACUUUUUACUACGUCGUCGACCGGAGCAAAUGGGAACACGUCAAAACAUUCCGGGCUCAGUCCAAUAUGGUGUCAGCCAUGAUCAAGCACGGCACGCCAUCGCAGCGCGUCCGGAAUCUGUCUUUGGAGGAAUUGGAACAAGCCAGGCAGAUUCUGGAUCCACAGAUCAUGGAAUUGUUUGGCUAUUCGGUGCCAAAACCAAGUUGA